AUGGCAGACACACAGACACUGGACUUAUUUGACGGCUUGCCGCUCGAUUACAAUUUUCUCGAAAGCAAUGAUGUGUCUGCAGACGGUGCGAUGAAUACUAACAACAGAGCGCCCGCUUGUGCCGGUGGAUUAAUGGGGCCCGACGAACAAAUGCUUUUAGACAGUGACGUGCCUGGCUCUUCGCAUACCUAUACGAUAACGCCCAAGGUCGAGGGUGAAGACCUACUGACGCCUCUCUCUUUCUCCUUUAACUCGAAUGGGACGACAUCUGUGGGUCCUAAUUACCGCGUGGCACCGCAGCACAAACACAAACGAGUACGUUCCAACCCGGACGUUCUAUUGGGCUUCGGUAUAGCAAACAUGGCUCCGAGUGUCAUUACUCCACCUAUAAUGGGACCUAAUGGUAUGGGUUACCCUCAGCAGCACAGUGUGAUGAUGCCCAUGUCAUCAUUUCAAGUAGAGCCGUCGAUCAAUCCCAUUCCAUUUCGAGGCACAGGAAUACUACCACAAGGCGAGUCAUUUCAGGAAAUAGAUGAAUUUUUGCAGGACUUAUCCUGGUCAGAGCUUACUACCGACCAACAACAGCAGAGACAACAACAACAAAUGUUAAUGGUGAAUGCUGCGACUAUGGCAGAAAGUGGUGUUCUUGACGAAGGGGCGUCACCUGUUUCCUACCGUUCGCAUCGAAUCCAAGAAGGAGUGAACGAGCUGAAAAUGAAACGGAAACGUCCUGUCAAUCAUCACUCGAGACACCAUUCAAACCCUGUGGACCUACUACACAAUUUGGACCAAUUCCGUAUCUUAGCAGAGCAGAACAAGCAACAGCAACAUGUGCAGCAGCAACAACAAUUACAGCAGCAGCAACAAUUACAACAGCAGAACAUAAACUCGAAUCAAGGGUACUCAAAUCCGUUUGCCAGCUUUCAAGACCAUACGGUGUUCCCGUCACCAGCGCAACCCAACGUGCAGCAGUUCCAGUUCCAGGUGCCGCCUCAGAUCGCCAGUGGUGCUGUACAUUCGCUGCAUGGUCGUCGGUCAUCUCUUGGCAGCAAUUUGCCACCACGUGCAGCUGCUCGCAGGCCUGGUGGUCCCCACCACUCGUCAGGGUUGUCGAUGGAUAUGGCCCAGAUGAAUCUAGGAUUCCUCUCGGUUCCAGAGGAAUUGAGUAUGGCCGAGCUCAACCCGCAUCAGUCGCCGCAGCUAUGUCACGUGAACACCUCUACCUCUUCAUCAGGCAGCAAGAUGACUGCCGACGAAGCGAAUCGAAAGUUGUACAAGUGUGGUCGCUGCGGGCAGCCCAAGGUGGGCCAUAUUUGCACGAUGCCCGACCAGCGCAACAAUUGGACGCAGGUGGACCUAGGAGUCACGAAGGGGCUCAAAGUCAUGCGCAUUAAUUGCCACAUUAUGCCGGUGAAGAGCAAGUGGGUGGCGAUGUGUGACGACCACGAGCCGGUGCAGGUCGAGUCGAAAAGCGACUUUAAGAGGGAGGAGGAAGUCGAAGCAGAGCCGCUGGGAAUCUGA